GUGGAGGAACGUGAUUGGCGCAUGACUUUCCUGCCGCAGUUUGAAGCCUGUGUACGGGCUGGGACGUUCAGCUUCAUGUGCAGCUAUAACAGAAUUAAUGGAGUCCCAGCCUGUGCUAACAAGAAACUGCUGACAGACAUCCUGCGUGAUGAAUGGGGCUUCCAGGGUUAUGUAGUGAGCGAUGAAGGUGCUGUGGAGCUGAUCAUGGUUGGGCACCAGUACACACACAGUUUCCUGGAGACUGCCAUUGUGGCUGUGAAUGCUGGAUGUAAUCUAGAGCUUUCUUUUGGGAUGAAGAAUAAUGUUUACAUGUACAUAGCCGAAGCCCUUAGCAAGGGCAACAUUUCUCUGGAAAUAAUCCGGGAUCGUGUCCGUCCCCUUUUCCUCACUCGUCUACGGCUGGGAGAAUUUGACCCACCAGCCAUGAACCCCUACAAUGCACUGGGGGCUGAGGUUAUACAGUCAGAAGCCCACCGCCAUCUGGCCCUCAAAGCCGCCCUCCAGAGCCUUGUUUUGCUGAAAAACCGGAAUGAAAUGCUGCCUUUUAAGGAGGAAUAUCUGUUGCACAAGACCAUUGCGGUGGUCGGACCCUUUGCAGACAACGCUGAUCUCCUCUUUGGGGACUAUGCACCAGUCCCUGAACCCCAAUACAUUUAUACACCCAG